GUGGAGGGAGUUGCAGGGCUGUCUUGGACAUGUCGCCGUGAAAACUCCUGAGGGUUCUCCAACCCACCUACCUCCUUCCCCUUUCUCCCCCACUUCCCCCCCAAACACCACACCCUGGCUCCACUCCACCGUCCGCGGUCGCUCGGCGCCCCGCGGUAGAGAUGCUGCGCGGCUGCAGCGUGGCGAGGCGGUGGAGAGCAUGAAGCCGGCAGGAUGGGCGCGAACAAUGGCAAGCAGUACGGCAGCGAGGGCAAAGGCAGCUCAAGCAUCUCAUCCGACGUGAGUUCAAGUACAGAUCACACACCCACCAAAGCCCAGAAGAAUGCAGCUACCAGUGAAGACUCCGACCUGAGCAUGCGGACGCUCAGUACACCCAGCCCAGCAUUAAUAUUCCCACCGAAUUCCCCCGGUUUCCAGAAUGGCAGAGGUUCGUCGACAUCCUCAUCCUCAGUCACUGGGGAAACUGUUGCCAUGGUCCACUCGCCUCCUCCGACCCGACUCACUCAUCCCCUCAUCCGGCUGGCCUCCAAGCACCAGAAGGAGCAGGCUAACAUAGACCGGCUGCCCGACCACUCCAUCAUCCAGAUCUUCUCCUUCCUCCCCACCAACCAGCUGUGCCGCUGCGCCCGGGUGUGCCGCCGCUGGUACAACAUCGCCUGGGACCCCCGGCUCUGGAGGACGAUUCGCCUGACUGGCGAGACCAUCAACGUCGACAGGGCUCUGAAAGUGCUGACCCGGAGGCUUUGUCAGGAUACCCCCAACGUAUGUCUCAUGUUGGAGACGGUAAUUGUUAGUGGCUGCAGGCGGCUCACGGACAGAGGACUCUACACCAUUGCCCAGUGCUGUCCAGAACUGAGGAGGCUGGAGGUGUCUGGCUGUUACAAUAUCUCCAAUGAGGCUGUCUUCGAUGUCGUGUCACUGUGCCCAAACCUGGAACACCUGGACGUCUCAGGCUGCUCCAAAGUCACAUGCAUCAGUCUGACCCGGGAAGCCUCCAUCAAGCUGUCUCCCUUACACGGGAAGCAGAUCUCCAUUCGCUACCUGGACAUGACGGACUGCUUCGUCCUGGAGGACGAGGGACUGCACACCAUUGCCGCUCACUGCACUCAGCUCACCCACCUCUACCUGCGCCGCUGCGUCCGCAUCACCGACGAGGGUCUCCGCUACCUGAUGAUUUACUGCACCUCCAUCAAGGAACUCAGCGUCAGCGACUGCCGCUUCGUCAGUGACUUUGGCAUGCGGGAGGUGGCCAAGCUGGAGUCGCGCCUCCGGUACCUCAGCAUCGCUCACUGCGGCCGCAUCACGGACGUGGGCAUCCGCUACAUCGCCAAGUACUGCAGCAAGCUGCGCUACCUCAACGCGCGGGGCUGCGAGGGCAUCACGGACCAUGGCGUGGAGUACCUCGCCAAAAAUUGCACAAAACUCAAAUCCCUAGAUAUCGGCAAGUGCCCCCUGGUCUCAGACACCGGCCUGGAGUUUCUAGCCCUCAACUGUUUCAACCUGAAGCGACUGAGCCUGAAAUCAUGCGAGAGCAUCACGGGUCAGGGCCUGCAGAUUGUAGCUGCCAACUGUUUCGACCUGCAGAUGUUGAAUGUGCAGGACUGUGAUGUCUCUGUGGAUGCUCUGCGAUUCGUGAAGCGACACUGCAAGCGCUGUAUUAUAGAGCACACCAACCCUGCCUUCUUCUGAAAGGACCCCCCCACCUGUUGUUACAAUGCAGUAUUAAAAACACUGAUGUAUAAACACGUGCUCCCAUAUUCAGUAAUGCUGUCUUUUCUAUAGCUCACGGGAGUCAGCUUUUCUUGUAUGCUGUGGGUGAGAGGGGUGGGGGACAUGUCUAGAGGACUAUUUUGUUUGCUUUUUGUAUGAUCACUUUUUUAAGGUGCAGUGGGGCUCCGUGGAGAGGCUGCCUUAAUGCAAAAGCAAUGAGUGUUCACAGUAGCUACCUCCAAAGGAAAUAGCACAUAAUCCCUCCUUUGGAAAUGCUACUAAGCUGUGCUGAAUACAUCUGAAUUCCAGCUGUGCUCAUGAAACUGACUAUGCAAUAAGUGUCUUCCAAUAUGACUGAUAAAACAUCUCCUUGUCUCCAGGUAAUUUCUCUUUGGUAGUCAUCCAUGGUAAUUCCUCAGGAAAUACUGGGUAAUGUUCUUAAACUUUUUUGAUUAAGGCAAAAUAAGACCUUCUGGUCAUUACUGAGCACUCUGCUGAAUGAAUCUGGAGAUUGUGCCCAUAACCAAUUGUGUAGGAAAGGUCACCUCCAGGCCACUCAUGCAUCAUCCACUCCUACAGCCUUCAGUUCUGAAUGGGCCCCCUCCUGCAUGUGUAGAACCACCCUCUGGUAGCAGAUAGGGACUUCUGGGUCUGAUAAACAGUGACAUAUGAAAAUGAGUGAAGGACAACAGAUGAAAUAUUGGUGGCCUGGCAAAGGGAAAAGCCAGCAAAUCAGCCUGAAAAGCUGCUGUAAUUCUGUGACAAGCUGAGACAACACUGUAGUACACUGGGGACUUUAAGUUGGAGUUGUGGAGUGGCUCGCAUGGGGCAGUCCCAAAUCGCUGUGCAGCUGUCACCAGAAAGUCUUGUUUUGUUUCUUACUCUGUCUCUUCAGCAGCUGUAGCACUACUGCAGUUGACACCUCCUGAGCAAACCAGGCACGUGCAUUGAGGUAAACUCGGUAUGAGCCUUAAUACACAUAGAAACCCAACACUUUUCUGUGGCCUUCCAGUUCAAAGGACAGGUGGAGACUUCAAAAAUAGCCUGAUUUUAGAUAACAUCCCACAGUGACAGAGGGGCUUGGAGUGCUAUUCACAUUAGAUUUAGAUUUUGUGAGACCUUGUCUGUGCCUGUUCCAUCAGGCUGGAGAAACAGCUGCUGUUCAACAAGGAAUCAAAACACCAGCAUUGCCCUGAGACACGGGGAGCCCCUUGCACUCUCAUGGUCUGGAGGUCCCUCCAUCUCAUUGCCUCCUUCUCCAGAGCGUGUGUUCGUUUCAUGGUUACUUUCUGCACAGUUUUCUGGCAGCUGUUUCUCUGCAUUUUCACAUGUAAUGCUCAGAUCUGAAAGCCAGACACGUUAAGGGUGAUGAUAUUUUCAGGCAGGCCCCCUGCGCCUGACUGACAGGUGGAUUCAUACAUUCAGCUCAAACGCUAUAAAUGUCUCAGUAGAGAACACAAAAAGGGAAGCACCGUGUCUGGUUUUCAUAAGCAGUAGUUCCAUCAUCUCCAGACAACUCUAAUAAAAUCAUUGAUAUGAAGUGAAAAUCCAUAUGCUCAAGAAAAAAUACAUAACUGCUGAGGAAAUACUUGUAGCAAUGCUUUCUCACGUUACAAAAAAGCAAUGGUUUGGACAUGUCCCUGCAGAGGGAACUUGUCCUGCUGCUGCUUAAAUUCCUGUAACUUAUGUAUGUUCCUCCAAUUUUGAGUUUCUUAACAUACAGGAUGUCAUCAGCUCUGAAUUAUAAAUCAGAUUGUGCUAAAGCAAAGAGGCCCAUGGAAAAUGAAUUUGUCAUUGCUACUACUACUGGUCAGUGAGUAAUACGGGAUGAUGCUACCUUUUGGCCAGUUAGUAUCUCUUUGGUUUUCCUUUCUGUAUUUUUUAAAUUAGAGAUACUUCUUCAGCAAGUAGUACGGUAUGUUUUAUACAAGCCAGCUAUACUCUCUGUUGUUUAUCCUUUAUUUCAAAAUGGCCCCAAAGAUAGUUUAAAAAAUUAAGUCCAUUCCUGAGGAUAGUUGGAUUUUGAACCAUUUGCACUCUUAAAAUAUAAGGCCUAAUUAGUAACAUUUUAUUGUUUAUUAAAAAAAAAAAAAAAAAAAAAGUGCUACUUUUCUGGCUAUGCUAAAUUGAGUGAAUAGUGCUACAUGGUUUUUAAGGUUUCUAAUGUUUAA